UUUAUUGUUACGAAUAUCAUCAGUAUAUCAGUAUAUCAAUAAGAAUUUCCGUUUAUUAUUUUACUUAUUACACAUUACAAAAAUCGAACUGCUAUAAUAUGAAGUGUUCUCAGUGCAAAGGUGAUAAACUCUCUAAGGAGUUUCCACCAACGACGGUUACAGAACGUUGUAAUCAUAUUCCUUCUUAUUGCCUAAGAUGUUUGGUAAAAAAUUUAGAUUUAACAAAUACAAAUAAUCAAAAAUCUCGUAAAUGUCCCGAAUGUCCGGAGAAAAUAACUGCAGAGGAAUUAAAGUUAUUAACAUUAGCAUGGGAUAAGGCGCCAUUUAAAAUUGAUGUAGAUAGCAUUGGAAAAGUAAAACUAACACAAAAUACUAAUGCAGCGGAUGGAAAUAUUAAGGGAGAAAUUUAUGUUGUAUUAUUAAAUGGGCAAAAGUGUACUUUUCAAUACAAUCAAAUUAAAAAUAUUCCUGUAUUAAGACAAGAAAUUAGAAAAAAAUUAAAUGUUGAUGAAGGUAAACAAAAAUUAAUUUUUAAUGGUGCUGAAUUGCAGGAUCGAAAAGCUGGAGGUGUGCCUAAUACAUUACAGGAUCUUAAUAUUGGACCAGGAAGUCAUAUUCAAUUGAUUGUUGUACUUUAUAAUAUUACACGUGCAGAAUCCAUUAAGAAUUUAACCUUUGAUUUAUUUUGGGGUUAUCCCGCAAAUGGAACUCAAGAUUAUUUGGAUGGAACUUGUUUACUUUACGUGGGUGAAGUAUUUUUUAGAAAAUAUGAUUAUGCAUCAGUAUUUUAUCCAUCAUUUCCACAUAUGAAACAUUCAGGCGAUUUGAUGGAUAAUGCAAAUAAAAGAGGUCACCAACGUAUCACGGCGAAAUUAGAUCAAUUACCAGCUGAAGUAACCCAAUUAUAUUUCGUUUUGAGUUCGUUUAAAUCUCCUACUAUCGGUCAUUUUAAAACUCCUAGUUUUAAGUUGAUAGAUGAAACUCAACCUGAUAAACCUUUAUGUUCUUAUCAAUUAGAACAAGCUGCUGAAUCUCAAGCUGUAAUUAUGUGUUGUGUAUCAAGAGUUGGACAAGGAAUGUGGCAGGUCAUUCAGAUUGGUAAAUUAAGUAGGGGUAAUGCCGAAGAUUAUGACCCAAUUGAAUAUAGUAUUGGUCAAUGUGCUUUAUUUGGGUAGAUUACAUAAGUUAUGUGAAGAUUGCUUAUCUAAUAGAAAUAUUUAUAGCGAAUUUUAUGAAUUUAACUGCUAUUGUGUAUGAUUUUUCUUAUAGUGAUGUAUCUUUCACUAAAGAAUAAACUUGUUUAUUAAAUAAAAGAAUUUUUUUGCAUUAUAUUUUAUAUUUAGUUCAUUUGUUUCGUCUCAUUGAGAUGCCAUUUGUUUUAUAUUGGUAUCACCUGAUCUGCUUCUUCAUAAUAUAAAUUUGAGAGAAUUUUAUUUGUAGUAGCAGAUAUUAAUAAUUUAUAUACGAAAUAAAAAAUGUGCUGUACAUUGCCAAUUUUUUGUAAAUAUAGCAUUAAGUUUUCAUCAAUUUGGCAUCUAGUAUUGAUUCAAAUUCCUUUAUUAUUAUCAGAUUUCACUAUGAAAUCAAUUUUGUUAUAUAAUUCUUUAC